GAUGGUGAAGGAUCGAGGAUUGUGGAUGUCUGGACGAGAACAACUGGAUGGUAGACAAUCGGAAUCAUUUCCCGUUAUCGACUCUUGUAGUGGUGGAUAAUUGGACAUUAUCAACGCUGGAUGAACAAUUCACAUUGAUCAUAUCUAAGGUUUGCGCCACCGAAUGGUUUGAUUGGCCGGUGCUUAUCUAGACCGAAAUAUGGGGUACAUUGUCCCGAUAUCAGUACAUCUCCGGAUCUUCCUGAGAUAUGAGAGAUAAGGACGUUGAGCCAGUAUAUAGACAUGGACGAGACGCAGCCCAUACCAACAUGGCAGCAUCCGUAAACACAUCAUGACUUCCUUAGACACCAAAUACCCCGUGGAGCCCACGGAGACUGCCCUCUCCAAAGAUGACUCCCCUCCGGAUGCAGAUAUCGACCCUCGCGCUGAGCGUGCCCUAGUCUGGAAGUUCGAUCUGCGUGUUCUCCCGGUUUUGGCCGUCAUGUACCUCUUCAACAGUCUUGACAAGUCCAAUGUGGGGAACGCGAAGACUGCCGGACUGGAGAAGACGCUCAAUCUCAAGGGAAACGAAUACAACUUGAUCCUCAGCAUCUUUUUCAUUCCGUACGUCCUUACGGCGCCGUUUCUCGGCAUCCUAGGCAAGAAGUACGGCCCUAAUCGCGUGCUGCCGUGCAUGAUGUUUGCCUUUGGGUUGUGUACCGUCCUUGUCGUCGCGGUGUUCAAUUUCAGUGGUCUGUUGGCGAUCCGCUGGUUCCUGGGAAUGGCGGAGAGCGCAUUCUUUCCGUUGGUUAUCUACUACCUCACCACAUUCUACCGCCGUGGCGAACUAGCCCGCCGGCUCGCCAUCUUCUACGCAGCGCAGAGCAUCGCUUCAGCCUUCUCCGGCCUGCUCGCAUUUGGCGUCUUCCGGAUCCAAUCUGGCCCACUAGCACCCUGGCGCUACCUCUUCCUCAUCGAAGGGGGAGGGACAAUCCUCGUGGCACUCUUCACACUAUGGUACCUCCCUCGCUCUGCAGCACACGCAACCUUCCUCAGCCCCGACGAAAAACAACUCGCAUACCUCCGCCUCCAACGCGACAGCUCCGCCAUCGUCAACGAGAAGCUCAACCUCCGCGACGCAUUCAAGAUCUUCCGCCACUGGACCUCAUGGCUCAUCCUCGCCAUCCAGAUCUGUCUCGGUGUCCCGCUCCAAUCAGUCCAGCUCUUCCUCCCCUCCAUCAUCAAGCGCCUCGGCUACGACACCGUCAAGACGAAUCUGUACACCGUGGCCCCCAACGUCUCCGGCGCAGCUAUGCUCCUCAUCCUUGCUUUCUGCAGCGACUGGACCCGCUGGCGGUUCCCGUUCGUGGCGCUGGGGUUUUUGUUCACUUUUAUCGGGUUCGUCAUCUACGCGGCGAUUGACGUCCAGGCGGAUAUUCACGUUGCGUAUUUUGCUUCGUUCAUGAUGACUUGGGGAACUUCCGCGCCAUCAGUCCUCCUAGACGUCUGGUACAACAACAACAUCGCAAACGAGGGCCGCCGCGUUGUACUAACCAGCAUCGCCGUCCCGGUCGCGAACCUCAUGGGCGUCGUGAGCUCGAAUAUCUUCCGCAGCCAGGACGCGCCGCAGUAUAUGCCUGCGCUUAUUACCACCGCGUCGUUUGGGGGAACGGGGAUUCUGUUGACGUUGGUGCUGGGUGGGUGGAUGAUGGUGGAUAAUAAGCGGAGGGAUAGAGCUCAGGGGAGAACAGUUCGCGCGCAGGAUGUCUCGACGGAGAGGUUGCAUGAGGGGCCGGAUUGUGCUGAUUUUAGGUGGUCGUACUAGAUUUACUUUUGGGAGGUAUAGCAGGCUAUAUUGCGUUUCUUUUAAAUGGCAUGAUUGCUGGAUGCCGUCAUGCGGUUAUUAUUAUUGAUUCAGACUUAGAAGUGUUGUCAUUUCAGAACUGCAUUCUGGAAGAU